CUCUUUCCAAAAAUGAAACAGUCGCCAAACUUCAAACCCCUCCAUUGCCCGACUCACUGAAAAAUCAUUGUCACUCGAGCUAAAGGGUUCAUAUUCAUAUUUAAAGAGUGGAAAACGAAAAUGGGUUAUCUUAGAAUUGCUUCAGUUUUGUUCCUAUUGGUUGUAAUGAGCAUGGGAAUUUGAUUUUUCUUCUUCUUCUUUUUCUGGGUUUAGGAGAUAAAGAGUUGGGUUAUCUAUUUAUAUAAAAAUGAUAUCGGCGGGGACAAAUUUGGUGAUGACAGUAAUAGGAUUCGCAAUGAGUGUUAUGUUCAUAGUGUUUAUUUGUACUCGUUUGAUUUGUGCUCGGAUUCAGCUCAUUGCUUCUCGGAGAUCCUUCCCUGUUGCUUCAAGAUCUGAUCUUAGUAUACUUGAGCGGGGUGUACAUGGACUUGAGCCUGUUGCUGUUGCCAAUUUCCCCACCAAGAAAUACAGUGAUGGGUGCUUCUCAGCUUCGGAUGAUGUUCAGUGCAUCGUUUGCCUUUCCGAAUACCAUGCCGACGAUAUCUUGCGGAUCCUGCCCUACUGUGGCCAUUUCUUCCAUGUAACCUGCAUAGAUACAUGGUUGCAACAGCAUUCCACAUGUCCCGUUUGCCGGCUAUCUCUGUGUGAAUUUUUCGAGAAGAAGUGGUUGAAGCAACUGUUGUGGAGUUCAGCCGUUCGAUCUCAUUUCGACACACGACGGCAUGGCUUUCCAUUGAGAAAUGACCGCCGUGGGAUGGACCCGGAUCUGGAAAACUAUGGGGGCAAUGCAUCGGAAGCCAGGGAGACCGUAUCCCCCACUACCGAGGAUGAUGAAGCCUCCAUUAAAGACCCGAGAAACAAGCAUGGAGAAAGCCCUUAA